AUGAACGCUGAAGCCGGCACCCACCCCAUGAUGGCCUCCUUAUAUGUGGGCGAUCUGCACUCGGACGUCACGGAAGACAUGCUGUUUGAAAAGUUCAGCUCUAUAGGGCCUGUUCUGUCCAUCCGGAUCUGCCGCGACUUGUUCACCCGCCGUUCCCUGGGUUAUGGCUAUGUCAACUUCCAGCUGCCAACUGAUGCCGAGAGGGCCUUGGACACCAUGAACUUUGAAGUGAUUAAGGGAAGGCCAAUCCGCAUCAUGUGGGCUCAGAGGGAUCCCUCUGUGAGAAAGUCUGGUGUGGGAAAUGUCUUCAUCAAGAACCUGGACAAAUCUAUAGACAACCAGGCGCUGUACGACACUUUCUCUGCCUUUGGAAACAUCAUGUCCUGUAAGGUGGUUUGUGAUGAGAAGGGCUCUAAGGGCUAUGCCUUUGUCCACUUCGAGACCCAAGAGGCCGCCGACAAGGCCAUCGAGAUGCUGAACGGCAAGAUCCUCAAUGACCGCAAAGUGUUCGUGGGCAGAUUCAAGUCUCAACAAGAGCGCGAAGCCGAGCUUGGUGCCAAAAAAUUCACCAACGUUUACAUCAAAAACUUUGGAGAAGAGGUGGAUGAUGGGGCUCUGAAAGAGCUCUUCGGCCAGUUUGGUAAGACCCUAAGUGUCAAGGUGAUGAGAGACUCGAGUGGGAAGUCCAAAGGCUUUGGCUUUGUUAGUUACCAGAAACACGAAGACGCCAGCAAGGCUGUGGAAGAAAUGAAUGGAAAAGAAAUGGGCGGGAAAGCCAUCUUCGUAGGCCGUGCCCAGAAAAAAGUAGAACGUCAGGCCAAAUUAAAACGGAAAUUUGAGCAGCAGAAGCGGGGGAGGAUCAAUCGGUACCGGGGAGUGAAUCUCUACGUGAAGAACUUGGAUGACACCAUUGAUGAUGAGAAAUUGAGGAAAGUGUUUUCUCCUUUUGGAACAAUCACCAGUGCGAAGGUGAUGGUAGAAGGAAGAAGAAGCAAAGGGUUUGGCUUUGUCUGUUUCUCCUCUCCUGAAGAGGCAACCAAAGCUCUCAUCGAAAUGAAUGGACGCCGUGUGGGCUCCAAGCCACUGUAUGUGGCCCUGGCCCAGGGGAAGGAAGAGCGGAAGGCUCACCUGACCAACCAGUAUAUGCAGCGUAUGGCUGAGAUGAGAGCAGUUCCUGCAAACCCCUUCCUAAAUGCCUUCCAGCCCACAACUGUGCCAACCCUUGCACCUCCUGCUACAGUUGCUGCCACUGUUCCCGGGGCUGUGGCUCCACACAAGGAUGCCUCCAGCGUCCACAGCCCUCAUCCUGCCAUUCAGCCACUUCAGGUCCCCCAGCCUGCGGUCCAAGUGCAGGGUCAGGAGCCCCUGACUGCCUCCAUGCUGGCCGCGGUGCCCACCGAGGAACAGAAGCUGAUGCUGGGCCAGCGUUUGUUCCCACUGAUGCAGAUGCAUUCAGACAUGGCUGCAAAAAUUACUGGGAUGCUGCUGGAACUCGACAACUCUGAGCUGCUGCACAUGCUCGAGUCCCCCGAGUCCCUGCGGUCCAAGGUGGAUGAAGCUGUGGAGGUCCUUAAGGCUUAUGAUGCCGAGAAAGAAGCUGCCCAGGAGGUGGGCGCUGCUGCUGCUACAACAAGAAAAAAAGAGCCAAAAGCCAAAUCACCCCUCAUGACAUCCGGAUAA